AUGGUUCGGUGGAGGUAUUGCAUUGCGCUGGCAAUGCUGCUCCUUCUACCAGUGAAAUCUGAAGAAUUCGAUGAAGACAGUAGAAAUGAAGAAGGUGAUGAGGAAGAUGAUGAUGAGGAAGACGAUGAAGAGGAUGAUACUGCACCUGCAGCAGAUAAAGGAGAGAGGGUGACAGUGGUACGGCGACCGCCACCUAUAGUACCAACACCUAAAGCACUGACUGUCACUAGAACUAUAAAAAAACGGCCUCUCGAAUGCUAUGUGUGCGCUUACAAAGCCGAGACGCCUCUAAGAGCGUGCUUGGACCCAACUAAAUACAGGCCUAAGCUCACUCCUGUUGUCUUCAGUAAGAGACAUCCGAACUUUAACCGCUUCGGAGAAAGAGUGCACACGAUCACAUGUCAUAGUGUGGACGACAAAUGUUUUACUUCUGUAAUAUCGAAGGGCAACUCGUACGAGGCCGUGGUACGAGGAUGCCGCUCUGGCUGUGUUGGCUCACCGGAGACCACUUGCUGCGAGUUGAACCGAUGUAACAACCAGGCAUUUGCGAUGCCCGUGAUAGCGCCCCACACGCUGACCGCCUCCGCUGGCAAGACAGGCAAGUCGAUACCGCCAACAAUACUGUUCUUUGUCACCGUGUUGUUAGUGCUGCAGACAGUAGUCAAGGUGUCCUUUGUGUAA